AUGCACGUCGGCUGCAUGGGCCUCGCGCCCAAGUCGCACGACUCUGUCGACUCGAUCCCGCCGAUGCCCCCCGGCGGCAACCUCGACAACAAGCGGAUCGGCGUCGGCACCACCAUGUACUACCCGGUCGAGGUGGCGGGCGCGCUGCUCUCGAUGGGCGACGCUCACGCGGCGCAGGGCGACGGCGAGAUUGACGGCACGGCGAUCGAGACGUCCAUCACCGGCACCUUCAAGAUCACGCUGAUCAAGAAGACCGACGCGGACAAGCCCGCCUGGUUCCCGAUCCUCGACUUUCCGCUCGGCGAGACGGCGGACACGUUCAUCGUCCACGGCUUCACCGAGACAGACUACCUCGAGACCUACAAGAACAGCCCGGGCGACAUCUACGGCGCACCCAGUUCGGACGAGGGGGCGCUGCAGCCGGCGAUGAUGAACGCGUACACCCAGACGCGCAAGUUCAUGAUGGCCACGUAUAACAUCAGCCAGGCCGAGUCGGACACGAUCAUGACGCAGGGCGUGGACUUUGGCAUCACGCAGCUCGUCGACGGCAACUGGGGCGUGCACGGCGUCAUCCCCAAGGUGAUCUUCGAGGAGGCUGGCGUGGACCGCCGCCGCAUGCUCGCGGCCGCCGCCGCCAAGCCCGCGCGCAAGGAGACACGGAAACUGCAAGGUUUGACGGUGGAAGGAGAGAAGAUCCUACCGCUCAACAAGGACACCGUCCACUGGGGCUACUUCUCCCAGCUCGAGCAGCCCAAGCUCACCAUCACCUCCGGCGAGACGGUGACCGUCGAGAUGGCCUCGCACCACGCCUGCGACGACUACGACAAGAUGGUUGCCGGCGACUCGGGCAUGGAGUCGGUCUUCGAAUGGUCCACCUCAGUCAUGAACGUCGAGCGGCGCGGCGCGACCGAGCCCAGCCUCUUCCAGGCGGACGGGGUGCACGUGCUGACCGGCCCGAUCUACGUCGAGGACGCGGAGGCGGGCGACGUCCUCGCGGUCGAGAUCCUCGACCUGAAGCCGCGGCCGAACCAGGACGGCAAGACGUACGGCUCCAACGCCGCUGCGUGGUGGGGCUUCCAUGCGCGCAACGACAAGGCGGAUGGCACGCCGUACUACCCGGGCGGCUUCAUGGGCAACGGGAGCGACCCGACCCUCCCGAACGACGAGACCGUCUCCAUCUACGAGCUCGACCCGAGCGGCGAGUACGCGACGCUCAACUACAUGUUCAAGUGGCCCUUCCUCACCGACCCGAAGGGCGUCUUGCGCAACUACUACGCCUUCCCGGGCACCUGCGUGCCGCACGACUACCCGGGCUUCUCCUCCAAGGUCACGGACAUGGGCUGGACCAAGGACGAGACGCGCGGCAUCGAGUACAACUUCGACCCCUUCCCCGCCAAGAUCCCGAUCAACAUGCACGUCGGCUGCAUGGGCCUCGCGCCCAAGUCGCACGACUCUGUCGACUCGAUCCCGCCGAUGCCCACCGGCGGCAACCUCGACAACAAGCGGAUCGGCGUCGGCACCACCAUGUACUACCCGGUCGAGGUGGCGGGCGCGCUGCUCUCGAUGGGCGACGCUCACGCGGCGCAGGGCGACGGCGAGAUUGACGGCACGGCGAUCGAGACGUCCAUCACCGGCACCUUCAAGAUCACGCUGAUCAAGAAGACCGACGCGGACAAGCCCGCCUGGUUCCCGAUCCUCGACUUUCCGCUCGGCGAGACGGCGGACACGUUCAUCGUCCACGGCUUCACCGAGACAGACUACCUCGAGACCUACAAGAACAGCCCGGGCGACAUCUACGGCGCACCCAGUUCGGACGAGGGGGCGCUGCAGCCGGCGAUGAUGAACGCGUACACCCAGACGCGCAAGUUCAUGAUGGCCACGUAUAACAUCAGCCAGGCCGAGUCGGACACGAUCAUGACGCAGGGCGUGGACUUUGGCAUCACGCAGCUCGUCGACGGCAACUGGGGCGUGCACGGCGUCAUCCCCAAGGUGAUCUUCGAGGAGGCUGGCGUGGACCGCCGCCGCAUGCUCGCGGCCGCCGCCGCCAAGCCCGCGCGCAAGGAGACGCGGAAACUGGUGCCCCUCCGAGAGAGCAAGAUCAGAGACACCCGCCGUCCUCUGCGACGGACCCUCGCUUCCGAGACACCCCUACCUGCAUGCAUGCCCAACCGCUGCUGGACCUGCCCAUGCAGUCCCUGGACGCUGUGCCACGGCUCCCUGCCCCCGCCCUCAGACACACCCGACCUCGCCCCCCUGCAGCACGAUUUCACGGUGGAAGGAGAGAAGACCCUACCGCUCAACAAGGACACCGUCCACUGGGGCUACUUCUCCCAGCUCGAGCAGCCCAAGCUCACCAUCACCUCCGGCGAGACGGUGACCGUCGAGAUGGCCUCGCACCACGCCUGCGACGACUACGACAAGAUGGUUGCCGGCGACUCGGGCAUGGAGUCGGUCUUCGAAUGGUCCACCUCAGUCAUGAACGUCGAGCGGCGCGGCGCGACCGAGCCCAGCCUCUUCCAGGCGGACGGGGUGCACGUGCUGACCGGCCCGAUCUACGUCGAGGACGCGGAGGCGGGCGACGUCCUCGCGGUCGAGAUCCUCGACCUGAAGCCGCGGCCGAACCAGGACGGCAAGACGUACGGCUCCAACGCCGCUGCGUGGUGGGGCUUCCAUGCGCGCAACGACAAGGCGGAUGGCACGCCGUACUACCCGGGCGGCUUCAUGGGCAACGGGAGCGACCCGACCCUCCCGAACGACGAGACCGUCUCCAUCUACGAGCUCGACCCGAGCGGCGAGUACGCGACGCUCAACUACAUGUUCAAGUGGCCCUUCCUCACCGACCCGAAGGGCGUCUUGCGCAACUACUACGCCUUCCCGGGCACCUGCGUGCCGCACGACUACCCGGGCUUCUCCUCCAAGGUCACGGACAUGGGCUGGACCAAGGACGAGACGCGCGGCAUCGAGUACAACUUCGACCCCUUCCCCGCCAAGAUCCCGAUCAACAUGCACGUCGGCUGCAUGGGCCUCGCGCCCAAGUCGCACGACUCUGUCGACUCGAUCCCGCCGAUGCCCACCGGCGGCAACCUCGACAACAAGCGGAUCGGCGUCGGCACCACCAUGUACUACCCGGUCGAGGUGGCGGGCGCGCUGCUCUCGAUGGGCGACGCUCACGCGGCGCAGGGCGACGGCGAGAUUGACGGCACGGCGAUCGAGACGUCCAUCACCGGCACCUUCAAGAUCACGCUGAUCAAGAAGACCGACGCGGACAAGCCCGCCUGGUUCCCGAUCCUCGACUUUCCGCUCGGCGAGACGGCGGACACGUUCAUCGUCCACGGCUUCACCGAGACAGACUACCUCGAGACCUACAAGGACAGCCCGGGCGACAUCUACGGCGCACCCGGUUUGCCCGGCGGGGCGCUGCAGCCGGCGAUGAUGAACGCGUACACCCAGACGCGCAAGUUCAUGAUGGCCACGUAUAACAUCAGCCAGGCCGAGUCGGACACGAUCAUGACGCAGGGCGUGGACUUUGGCAUCACGCAGCUCGUCGACGGCAACUGGGGCGUGCACGGCGUCAUCCCCAAGGUGAUCUUCGAGGAGGCUGGCGUGGACCGCCGCCGCAUGCUCGCGGCCGCCGCCGCCAAGCCGCCCAAGGUCAACCUCGAAAAGGCGCGGAAGCUGAUGCAGGCGUACGACAAGAUGACCAAGGCGCGCAAAUCAAAAAAAUAG